AUGGCACCGGCGAGUGGCUCGGCCGCUGCUUCUCAGGAGGUGAGUCGGCAGCCUGUCACGUCCCCUUUCCCGAUCAGCGUGAUGAGUCAUGGCUCCCUCGAUCAUGGGUCAUCCCCCCCGCAUAGAACCCACACCACUCCGUCCAUACGCUCGAGGCUGAUCAUGUCGCAUGUGCAGAUCCUGAGAGCGACCAUCAAGGACGUCAGAUCGUUGGCGAGCAUGCUCAGGGCCUUGAGCUUUCGUCCCGUAAGGAGCUCAGAUCGUACAUCUUGCAUACCAUGUCGAGCUCAUCCCUCCUUCUUCACACGCCCCACUUGAACAUUUACGCAGACGGCCGUGGUCGAGAUUCGUCAAGCAGGGAUCAAAUUCACGGUUGAGUUAGGCAGAUCCGUACAAGGUCAGUCGACUUGAAACUCAAAUCUACACCUUCUCCACGACUGAUCAACCGAUCCGUAAGCCAACGCCUACCUCCAAGCCGAGGCUUUCGACUCGUACCAAUUCUCCCUCAUCCCUCCCGGCCCGUCCGCGACGUCGAACCGACGAGACGGGCACACGCCUUCCUCGGAAGAUCCUUUCCAAGUCGAGCCGGCCGAGGGAGACAUCAACGGAGAUAAUGCACCCUUUGUCGCUUUUGGUGUCUCCAUAUCGACCAUAUUGGAAUGUCUCAACAUCUUCGGCAACGCUGGAUCCGGGUCGGCCUCAGGAGGCUCCACUGGAUUUUCAGCGUCCUCGGGUAGGCAGUGGAGUGGUGGAGGUGCGGGUGGAGCAGGCGGUGGGCAAGGUGCGGCGGGGAUGGUCCAUGCUUCCGAGUUUGGGACGGAGAAUCACGGUGGGGGGAGAAGGAGAGGCGGAGACGAAGAUCGAGGGGAGAGGGAGGCGGGAUCCGCAAUUGGAGGACCGGGCUCGACGACGACGUUGGAGAUGACGUAUCGCGGUGAAGGUUAUCCGCUCGUGCUGUUGUGAGCUUUUCUCCUGACGAAGCCUCAUCUUAUGGAGAUUGAGCGUAGGGAGGAGCCGAGUGCACCGAGGGCAGAGUGCUAAUGUCUGGCCUUGCUGUUGUACAGACUGGAAGAGGGUGGGAUCGUGACCCGAUGCGAGAUCACGACUUACGAACCGGACGACUUGAUGGAACUCUUCUUCGACGAUCAAGACAGGGUGAUGAAGUUUAUAAUGAAGGUGAGAGCGUCUUACUCGAUUAAGAAUCGCCAUGGUCCUGGAUCGAGUCACUCAAGGUACCUUUCAAUCCCCUCGCCAGUCCGGAUGGCUCGCCGACGCUUUCUCUGAACUCGACCCGUCCUCCGAUCGGGUUUCGUUCUCCUUCUCCCCCUCGAACCAAGCCUCAACGCGAUCGAAUUACAACCGUUACGCGACCGAGGAGAGGCUCGUCGAUUCGUCGCAGGAGAUCGAGGCGCCGUUGUUCCGAUUGGAGAGCGUCGGUGAUUUGGGCAGCACCGAGAUGGACUAUCCGAACGACAAGGACGUGCUCGAGACAUUCGAGUGUCAGGGCCCGAUGAGGAAUUCGUGAGUUGUGCUGUUGUGAUAUCUUACGAAUACUCUUUUGGGAAGGAUGGUGGUGUGCUGAUGCUGCUUCGAGGUUGAACGUGUCGAUAGGUACAAGUACUCGCAGAUCCAGUUGAUCCAAAAAGCGCUCAACGCGUCGAUCAAGACCGUAAGCUCGGCCCACCCGUCGAUCUCGUGCACUACUGAUCCCUCUCGGAUCUUUGUUUGAUUCCAAAAGUCGCUUCGCACCGCUGCGGACGGCCUGAUGAGCUUCCAAUUCAUGAUUCCAAUCGGGAAGCGCACGACCAAGGCCGACAGGGACAAGUUUGCUUUCGUUGAAUUUCUAGUACGUCCUGCCCCAGGUCCCGCCUCUUGCUUGCGUUGCGCCCCGUCACUGUCCGGAUCGUAUCAAACAUACAGGCUGACAUUGUGCUUACUCAUCUGCCGGCGAUGUUGCUGCUUGCAGUGCGUGGCACAGGAUGACGAGUAUUGA